AUGAGCAGAGGCACGGCCCAUCUCCUGAUGGCUCUCUUCAUGGCGGUGACGGUGGUGAUCGGUUACCCAUCACGGCGCUCUGCCACCGACCUGGAUGCCACCCCCAGGACAACAGUCACCUUUGAGGAGCUGUUGGGCGUCCGGCGCUUCAGAGCGCGCACCCUCAACUACAGCACCCUGCUGCUGGAGGACGACCGGGGCAUCCUCUACGUGGGUGCCAGGGGAGCCAUCUUCGCCCUCAACUCCAGUGACGUGGCCGACACCGAGUGCUUCAACCACGUGCGGUUUCUGCAGAGGCUGAACAGCACCCACCUCUAUGCCUGCGGGACCUAUGCCUUCCACCCGCUCUGCGCUGCCAUCGAUGCCAACAGAUUUACAUUGCCAUCACACUUUGAGGAGGGCAAGGAGAAGUGCCCGUACGACCCUGCCCGUGGGUACACCGGCCUCAUCGUAGAUGGUGGGUUGUACACGGCCACACGCUAUGAGUUUCGGAGCCUCCCUGACAUCAGGAGGAACCUGCACCAACGGCCACUGAGGACAGAGGAGUCCCCACUGCACUGGCUGAAUGAUGCUGAGUUCGUGGCCUCAGUGCUGGUCCGGGAGAGCAAAGACAGCCCUGUGGGUGAUGAUGACAAAAUCUACUACUUCUUCACGGAGUGGGCAGGCGAGGAGACCACAUCCUUCUUUGACAAGAGCCAGGUGGCCCGAGUGGCCCGGGUGGCCCGUGUCUGUAAGAGCGAUGUGGGGGGGAAGAAGAUCCUGCAGCGCAAGUGGACAUCCUUCAUGAAGGCUCGCCUGGUCUGCUACAUCCCCUACUACGAGGUGCUGCGCAGCGUCUGCAGCCUGGAUGGAGGCAGCUGGGCCAGCACCGUCUUCUAUGCCGCCUUCACGCUCUCAGCACAGUGGAGGACCAUGGAGGCCUCAGCUGUGUGCCGCUACAGCAUCUCAGCGGUGCAGCGCGCCUUCGAGGGUCCCUACAUGGAGUACCAGGACUCAGCUCGCAAGUGGUCCCGCUAUGACGGUGCAGUGCCUGAGCCCCGGCCUGGCUCUUGCAUCACGGACCGCUCCCGCAGGAAGGGCUACAACUCCUCGCAGGACCUGCCCAACAGUGUCCUGGACUUCGUGAAGCUGCACCCACUGAUGUUUGAGGAGGUGAAGCCGGCUGGCGGGGGGGGGCAGGCUGUGCUGUACAGCCAGCUGGCUGUGGACAGGGUGCGGGCCCUCGACGGCCGCUCCUACGAUGUGCUCUUCAUGGGGACAGGGGACGGCUGGAUCCACAAGGCUGUGGUGGUCGGCUCUGGCAUCCACAUCGUGGAGGAAGUGCAGGUGUUUAGGGACCCGCAGCCUGUGGAGAGCCUGGUGAUCUCCCAUGCCCAGAGGAGCCUGUAUGUGGGGGGAGCCAGCGGGAUCCUGCAGGUGCCCCUGGCCUCCUGCGCCAGGUACACCUCCUGCUACGACUGCAUCCUCACCCGGGACCCCUACUGUGCCUGGGAUGGCAGGUCCUGCCGCGCCACUGCUACUACAGACAGCGCAGGGCUGGUGCAGGACAUUCAGAGUGGCAACGAAGGAUGCCGGAGCAGCUCCGGGCGGGGCUCUCUGCCGUGGAAGAACAGGACGGUGCUGCAGGGGGACGAUGUGCUGCUACCCUGCGACCAGCGCUCCAACCUGGCACGAGCCGUCUGGCUGCUGAACGGCAGCGAGGCACUGGGCGCGGGGCAGGACCGGCUGCGCAUUGGCGUGGACGGGCUGCUGGUGACAGACACG